AUGCCCGUAGCCUCACGUGAUAUCUACACCGACAUUACUGAGAGCCUCUUCCUCCUACAACUGCCUCACGAGAGUCAGUUGCUUGCCUCUGCGGGUAGCGCGUCAUCUCUCACGCAGUCAAGUCUUGAUUUUGUCCCUCCCGCCUUCCCUCUGUAUAUAGAACCCACUACAAUACAGACAUAUUGCCUCCCUACAAGGGAGCGCGAACGGGCCCUAUCUGACGCUACGGUCUACGACCGCAGCGACAGGUGA